GCUUCUGACACCGUCCAAUCCAGUUUUCAGUGUCCAUUAUUAAGUCACCUCGAUGUUCACCAUCUCUCUUCGCAAUAUCCAAGAGUCCACCUUAUAAACAAACAUCAGCAGUCUUUUUCCCUUCUGAAAAAUAACUGACACCAAUAGUUAUAAGUUAUGGUUAAUUUGCCUAUUUAAGGACCUCCGUCCUUCAGUAGUAGUACAUCUGAUAUUUUUCUACCUUAAUUUAAUCAAACCAUAUCAUUUUAAAAAUCCUCUUAAUCCCAGGCAGACUCCUCCCUCCUUCAUCCUUGCCGACUUACAGACUUUGGCGGUGUACUUAUUCUUCUUCAUCUCGAUCGCUUCCCCACGGUUACACCGCCACAGCCCCACGUGACCGCCUUCCCUUUAUAUAUAAACUCACCGUACCGUACUAUUCCGACCCGGAAUCCGUUCCAUCUGUCUUUUUUUUUUUUUUUUCUGUAUCUGCCCCUUCAACAAACCAAAAUGGCUAGACUUAUUCAUCAUCAUUACUCAUUUCCUCUUCUUUUUGUAAUCUGCAUGUAUGCAGCUUUCCUUUCUGGGGUAUAUUCUGCGACAUUUACGUUGGUAAACCAGUGCAGCUAUACCGUGUGGCCGGGGUUAUUAUCCGGUGCCGGAACAUCUCAACUCCCGUCGACGGGUUUAGUUCUCAACCCCGGGGAAUCAACCUCCGUUCCCGUCCCUGCCGGAUGGUCCGGAAGGAUAUGGGGCCGGACCUUCUGCGGCGAAGACCCCACCACCGGGAAAUUCACCUGCGUCACCGGCGAUUGCGGCUCCGGUACACUCGAAUGCAAUGGCGGCGGUGCCGCCCCGCCGGCGACCCUCGCGGAGUUUACCCUCAACGGAGCCGGCGGGCUGGACUUCUACGACGUGAGCUUGGUGGACGGGUAUAACCUGCCCAUGUUGGUGGUCCCACAAGGCGGUGGAUCCGGUGGGAACUGCACGGCCACCGGUUGCGUUAGUGAUCUCAAUGCCGGUUGCCCGUCAGACCUUAAGAUGAUCGGAACGGGAACGAACGUGGCCGGGGAGUGCGUGGCUUGCAAAAGCGCGUGCGAAGCGUUCGGGGACCCAAGGUAUUGCUGCAGCGGAGACUAUUCGACGCCGCAGACAUGCGGGCCCAGCUCGUACUCUGAGUACUUCAAGAGCGCGUGCCCACGAGCAUACAGCUACGCCUACGACGACGGCACCAGCACCUUCACUUGCGCCGCCGCGGAUUACAUCAUCAAUUUCUGCCCAACUCCAGCUGCCAGUCAAAAAACAAGUGGAUCCCAAUCGGUCCAAACCGGCGGUGGAGGAAGGGAAGUUCCAUUGGUCACAAGCGGCAGCGAUUCUUUAAACCGGAGUCCAUUCUUCCGGUUUGUCCCGUGUUUCAUCGCUACUCUCUUGGUGGUUUUGGCAGUUUUCGGCGGUUGAGCUGCCGAUUCCCAUUUUUGGCCGACCAGAAAUUGUUAAACCACACUCAUCAUCGAAAAGAAAAUGAAUUAGAUAUUUUACAUUUGGUAGUAUACAUACACGACACGAGAGGCAGAAGAUAUUUCUAAGCCCAUUUCCACAUCGGAGUAAUUUUGGGCCUUUGUAUUGUAAGGGUCCACAAGAGAUUUGACGAGUGCAAGUGUGCAACAUAGCCAGCUUUGAAGGUGAAAGGGGAUUUUUUGUUUUGUUUUUUUUUUUUAACCAAAUGUGAAAUUGUCCCAAGGACAAGGAAGAAGAAUAUUGAAGAAAGAACGGGCUGCAGAGUUCAGACAAGUGAAGAAGGCCAACAACAACAUUAUCGAAUUUGGAACCGUCAAAAUGAAUAUGAUGAAGAAAGAGGUUGACAAUUUUGCCGCCAUAGUUGAUUUUAUCCCUACCCUUUAUAUUAGUUGUCUUUCUCAUCAAUUAUCAUUGGUUUGGGAUUGAAUGGGGAAUUGAAGGGAAGCAAAUUGGACGAUGGAUAGGUAGGCGGCUGCAAGCUGGUGUUUAGCGAACUAAUUCAUUGCUAACUUUGGCUUGAAUUUCUUGUCUUGUCCAUUGGGAUUGGCUGCAACUAAUCAAAUUAUCUUCUCAUUCUUUAUUUUGGGUUCGGGACAACGAUGUAUUUGAUGUGAUUUAUAAGAAGAAGAAUCAUCGAUUUCUUUUCUUUUUUUUUUUUUUUUCAAUUGAAAAUGAAUGUAAAAUAAUGUUGGUUAGCCACUUCCGGAUAUUUCAUUGACUCGAAUUCUAUUGCACAACAACAAAUUGUGAUGACAAUAUCGUACAAUAUUCAUUAUUGCCAAUUUGAAAACUCCCUUUCUUGUGUAG